UUAGCCGGGAUCGAGCUAGCAGGCUGGGCGGCGGAGGGGAGUCCCUCUCGGCUCCGGCGGGGGGUGUGUGAACUUCUCAUCGCUUCCGAAUACCGGAGGAAUCCAGGGGUUAGUUUGGGCAGCGCAGCGGGAGAGAGCGAGUAUGUGGUUGCAGCCACGGGCGCUGUAGGAUGAGUCCCGCGCAUCGCACCAGGGACAUCGAGCGGCACGCUGGCUACCUGAAGCCCGAGCACUGCACCCCGCCCCCGCCCCGCACCAACUCGGACAGCAUGUGGUUCAUCCGCGACGCCUGCGGCAUCGUCUGUGGCGUCAUCACCUGGUUCCUGGUCUUCUACGCCGAGUUCGUGGUGCUGUUCGUCAUGCUGCUGCCCGCUAAAAACGUGGCCUACAGCCUCUUCAACGGGGCCGUCUUCAACAGCCUCGCUUUCCUCGCGCUCGCCUCUCACGCCCGCGCCAUGUGCACAGACCCAGGAGCUGUACCUAAAGGGAACGCUACCAAGGAAUUCAUCGAGAGCCUGCAGCUCAAGCCCGGGCAGGUGGUGUACAAAUGUCCCAAAUGCUGCAGCAUCAAGCCUGACAGAGCUCACCACUGCAGUGUGUGUAAACGCUGCAUCAAGAAGAUGGACCACCACUGUCCCUGGGUGAACAACUGCGUGGGAGAGAACAACCAGAAGUAUUUUGUGCUCUUCACAAUGUACAUUGCACUAAUAUCCUUCCAUGCACUAGUGAUGGUGGCUGUUCAUUUUGCUUUCUGCUUCGAAGAAGACUGGGCAAAAUGCAGCAACUUCUCCCCACCAGCGACCGUCAUCCUCCUCAUCCUCCUCUGCUUCGAGGGGCUCCUCUUUCUCAUCUUCACGGCGGUUAUGUUUGGGACUCAGGUCCACUCCAUCUGCACCGAUGAGACGGGUAUCGAGCAGCUGAAGAAGGAGGAGAGAAGAUGGGCUAAAAAGUCUAAGUGGAUGAACAUGAAGGUGGUGUUCGGCCAUCCGUUCUCUAUAUCCUGGCUGAGCCCGUUCGCGAAACCUGACCACGGCAAGGCCGACGUCUACCAGUACAUAGUGUGAAGCUCCAGACUGAUCACCACCUUAGUGUUGGCUGGGCGUUUGUGGGCCUGAACUCCACUCAGCCUCUUCUACAUUUUCUUUAAUUCGUUGUAAGACAUUCCGUUUUAUACUACUUUUAACUUUUUGUCGCUGUCUUUUUUUUUGUUUUAUUGUUUCUCUCUUGGUGCUGACAGAGAUUAUUAAGAUAUGGCUACAUUAAAAAAAAUAUAUCUCAGAGCUCUCACUAGGAGCUCUCACUAGGAGUCCAGCCUUUCUCAAAGGAGAUUCCCUGCAGUUCCACUGCUCAUUUCCUACUUCCUGGACUGAAGAACGUGAACUGCAAUCUGAGCUGAGAACAGUUUGGUGCCAGGUGAACCUGGUUUAGUCGGCCUCUGGACAUUACUGUGAUUCUAUAACUUCUUGUUUUGCUGUAUUUUUCUUCUUGCUGUAUUUCUGGGUUUUCUUUCGCGGGACACUGCAGAUGAUUUGCCUUAGCACAGUGCGUGGCGACGUCUGUUUAACAGAUUCAUAUCAUUUUUGCCUUAAUACACCAGUUGGGAUGAGACAGGAUGACACUAGUGUGAGUUUGUUUUAUGCUUCUGUGACGCCUGAUCACGUCCUCUGGGGAAAGUGGUGUUAGUAAAUCCUGCACAUUCUGUCUGCACCAAACCUGUCACUCCAACAAGAUUAAACGAAUCAUCAGUA